AUGGGAUCGGCAGCACCUUUGUCGCGGAUCGCGAGACUCCUCGAACGGGACGCAGCUACGCUGGCGUGGAGCGAACUUCACGAAGCGCACCAGGUACUGCUGCGCUGCACGCUGCGCUCGACUGACGGACAGGCACUCUGGUUGCUGUCGCAGUUCUAUGAACGCGGGUUUCACGUGCAGUGGCAGCUGCGCCGCAAGACUCGGCCUCGUGGAGGUGGUCUCAUCGCUCGCUGGUGGUCCUCAGCGCGAUAUCGGUGGCACUCGCUGUUCACGGAGCCGGUGCUCGCGCUUGAUCGCUUCCUCGCCGACAGAUACCGCUAUGCAGCGGCUCGUGCUGACGUGCUUCCGGCCCAACUAGCCCUGGUAGAGGAGCUUCGGCGCAACGGUGACGAUGCGGAUCACGAGCUCGCCUAUGCGCUCCUGAAGCGCAUGGUACGGUUGAUGGCAGGACAGCGCUCAGCGGGCAUGAACGCUGCUGUGCUCCCGAAAAUAGGUCUUGUCUGUCUAACCCGUGGUGCGUUCAAUGACGCGCUAACGUUCCUGGAGCAAUGGUAUGAAAAUGCAGCUCCUCGUGAGGGACACGCAGACACCAUAGCGGUGCUGGGCGUGCUCUACGCUCGCCGGUGGCUGCACGCAACUGAAGCAGCGCGUACGGAUCACGACCUAAUGCAAGCGCAACGAUAUCUGACAGAGGCUGCGGAGAACGGAAGCGUACUGGCGCAGUCAUGGAUUGUCGCACUGGAAGAGCACUGGAAACAUCCCAGGUCUGGAGAGGAGCGAACGGCCUCCAUCCAAGCGGUACACAUCUGA